UCUUUCUUUCUUUCUUUUCUUUUGUUUUGUUUGUUUUUUUUUUUUUUGUUUUUGUUGGAAUUUCUUCUCUUGCUUAUUUUAUUCCUGGUUUCUUUGAAUUUCCAUCGACCUUUUGAGUCUGCAGAUCUAAGCUUAUUCCCAAUUUGGCAACCAAUUUUCUUUGUCUAUUUAUUGUUGCUUGCUUUUGUUUUCUAAAGGUUGGUCUUUUCCAAUUUAGUUUUUUCGUAAAUUUUGUGGUUUCCAUCUGUGUUACCUGAUCGUUGAUGUGUUAUUGGAAUACCCAUUCGUUAAAUUAGUCUGGUUUGGAAAUUUUAGGUAAGUUGUGAUCUAACCCAGUUUCAGAUUCAAUUAAUGUUGAUUUGAUUUUGUGGGUGUCAUUUGUAUGGGCUGCCAUUUACUGUCUUUGAUUAGCAGCUAGGGCUUUUGCCUUAAUACUGUUGUUUCCUUUUGAAAAAAAAAUACAAAAAAACUGUAUAAACUUGGCUGGUGGGUUGUAGCGUUGAUGGAUAACGGCCGGGAAGCUGGGUUUUCAGGGAGUGUUGGUGGUGGUGUUGAUAAUUGGAUUCCGGGGUCUAGUGAUCAAUUAGUAUGGGCAACUGAGGAUGAUUAUGCAGUUUGGAAUGGGGAUGGAUCGGGUGACACUCCCUCCAACUCGAAUUAUGAGGGAAGGCAAUCUCAAAGUCGGUCUGGAAGUGAACCCCCAAACAAGAAAUCUAGAAACUCACAGGUAGUGGAUUCCCAAGGCAAUGUGUUUGGUCGGGACAGGGAUUUGCCUUCUAACCGAUCAAAAGCAAUUGGGAAAAUGUUCUUUAAGACCAAGCUCUGUUGUAAAUUCCGUGCUGGGACUUGCCCAUAUGUGACCAAUUGCAAUUUUGCUCAUAGCAUUCAAGAGCUUAGAAGACCGCCUCCAAAUUGGCAAGAAAUUGUGGCAGCACAUGACGAAGAACGAGGCGUGUCCUCGGAGCCAAGGGAGGAGUUUCAAAUUCCAUCAAUUGGAUCCUCUAGUUUUGGUGUGGAGACUCAAAGGUCUUACAAGGGGCGUCAUUGUAAGAAGUUCUACACUGAUGAGGGGUGCCCAUAUGGAGAUAACUGCACUUUUCUUCAUGAUGAGCAGUCAAAGGCUCGGGAGAGUGUGGCUAUAAGUUUGGGCCCUGGUGCAGGUGGUGGGUAUAGUAGUGGUAGUGGUAGUGGUAGUGGUGGUGGUGGUGGUGGUGGUGGCGGUGGUGGUGGUGGUGGUGGUGGUGGUGGUGGUGGGAGCGGAUCAAAUAUCAAGCCUUCCAAUUGGAAAACCAGGAUUUGUAAUAAGUGGGAGCUUACAGGGUAUUGCCCGUUUGGGAGCAAGUGCCAUUUUGCUCAUGGAAUGGGAGAACUACACCGUUAUGGUGGGGGCCUCGUGGAUGAAUCUAGAGAUUCUACUUCUGCACCUCCUGACUCAAAGCAGGGAGGGGUGCCUUCAAAACCUCCAUCAGAUGCUGUGGUUGCAUUGGUCACUUCAGUUCCCUUAGUCGCUUCUGUCCCGCAUUCAGAUGUUUACCAUGCUGGAGUUCCAUCCCAACGGCCAACUAGUGUAAUCCAGAGAUCUGUGCAGAGAACUCAGAAGAAAUGGAAGGGUCCUGACAAAAUCAGUAGGAUAUAUGGUGAUUGGAUUGAUGACAUUGAAUGAAAUUUGGAAAUUCCUCACCUGGAAGUGUUGAAGAAAGAUGAUGGCCACUUAAAUAUCCUACUGUAAAGAGGAGCUUUAAUGGAAAUCUGAACAAAUGCAACCGCCUGGGACAUUAUGGGGCACAUUUCACUUGUAAGUUUAAGGAGUUGUUGGCUGGCAUAUUUCAAGCAGAGCCUUGCCCUUUACAGUUUGUCCCAAAUUUUUGAUGUAUGAGUCUUUGCUUUCAGUUUCGGACUUCUGGAGCUUGAUUGCAUUUACAAUCUUUAUCUUUGUUGUCAUACGUAA